GCAAUCAAAGGCGAACAGACCGCCCGCGCCGGAGAGAAAGGGGGGGAGCGCAGAGCGUUGUUUCGCCGGGAGCGCCCGGCAGCCGCUCUUGUCCCCCCGGUGCCCGGGCAGCGAGGACAACCUGACCGCCUCCAGGCGGCCCCAGCCCCGUCCCGCACAGCCCGGGCAGCUCCCGGGCCGGGGGCCGGGGCGAUGCGCCCGGCGAGGCGCUGAGCAGGGCGAAGCGGAGCCCUCGGGCGGCCCCCGCCCAUGACCCUGCGCUCCGGCGGGUCCCUGCGGAGCUCGGAGGGCGCCUGGGAGCGCCCCGGGGCGGCGGCGGAGCCCCGUGAGGAGCAGCUGGACGCGGCCAUGGACGAGCUGCGGCGGGCAGGAUGGUACUGGGGCAACAUGACUGUUGCUGAAGCCAAAGAGAGAUUACAGGAUGCUCCUGAAGGGACCUUCUUGGUUAGGGACAGUUCACAUUCAGAGUACCUGCUGACUAUUUCAGUAAAGACAUCAGCAGGACCGACCAAUCUGCGUAUAGAAUAUCAAGAUGGCAAGUUUAGACUGGACUCUAUCACUUGUGUCAGAUCUAGACUUAAACAGUUCAACAGUGUCGUGCAUUUGAUUGAGUACUAUGUUCUUAUGUGCAAGGACAGAACCGAAACGCCUUCAAAUGGGACAGUUCAUCUCUACUUGAACAAACCUCUCUAUACAUCUGCUCCGUCUCUGCAACACCGCUGCAGAAUAACAAUAAACAAAUGUACAAAUCAGAUCUGGGAGCUGCCGUUACCAACACGACUGAAAGAGUACUUGAAAGAGUACCAAUACCAGGUAUAAAUAUCUUUUCUAAAUGCCUCUAAUGUAGAGUAACUUUUAAAUGCAAUUCUUAAAAUCAGCCAAAGAACUGAGUAACCAGUUGUACAACUCAGCAUGGAAUUCACUAUCAAAACAGUGGCAGUUCUGGGGGAAAGGUUUUUAUUUCAGAUGCCACAAAGGGAGACUUUAUGUAGAAUAAUCCCAGCUUGCAUCCUCGGGGGUUUGACAAGGUGGCUUGCUAUUCUUGCAAGGAGAGAGAAGCCAGGAAUCUGCCCAGAUUGUGUUGCUUUGUCAAUGGCAUAAAAUAUUGCACUGUGUCAAAUGCUAAUUGAAGUAGUGGGAACGGGGGAGACUGCAGAAGUGGUCAGAGACAUGUGAGAGUGCAUAAGUAUCUCAGUUGCCUGAUUCCAAGAUUAAUUUGGUGCUGGUGUUUAUAUAAUCCUGAAAGCUUAACUGGAUCACACUGUGAUAAUCUUGCCAAAGUUAUGCAACUAAUCAAAUGCAGUCAAAAAAGUGAUCAUCUAUUCAUUUUUUAUUGAAUUAUAAUUCUUGUGCUUUUCUGCAAGCAAAGGAGUACUCUAAGCAAUCAGUUUAAGACAUUGUUUUUCAAAGUUCUCUAAAAGCUGACCUUAAGGAGAAAUGCCACUUCUUUCAUAAUAACCCAGUAUAUGUUGCCGAUUAUACCAGAUUGGUAUCCCAGAAUCUUUGUUAACAUGUUAACAUCUUCCCAGAGGUGAUAUAUCCAUGUUAUUACUAUUAAGCGUCUUUUGGUUGAGGCUUUAGGACUGUAUGCUGCAGACUUGCAGAUGCUCAGUUCCAAUGUCAAAACAUGAAUAUCAGCAGUUACAGCUGUCUUCUACAGUGUAGAAUAUUUUCUUCAGCUUCUUUCCCAAAUUUGUGGGGAAAUAUAGAUUUGGGGUUUUUUUUGGGAAGGGGGGUGGGAGGUGUUUAUUUUUUCUUUAAUUUUCUUCUAAUUCACCAUUGUGGCUGUCAGACUAUUACUCAAUAAAGUAAAUUAAAUUGCACAAUGAUCUCCCAAUCUUUGUACGUAUGGAUUUUCUACUGUCCAAGAAAGAGUGAUCUUAUGAACCUAUAUAAUUUCCCAGCUAAUAGUUAAACAAAUGCACAUGUAUCAGUGAGGAUGAAUACUCCAGCUUUCCCUUUGUGGUGCUGCUCAGAGGUAUAGCUGGAUUAUGUUUGGAUUCGUGUCUUGGAGGCUGCCUGCUGAAUUCCUGAAGUUAGGUAUUAGCACAGGACAUCACUUUUUGUGUCACAGUAGUCCUCCAAAUGUGAUGGAGGGACUAAGAUCAUCAGUACCCACUCCUCAAUCUAAAUGUAAAGUAUUUAAUAGAAGGCGUAUUCAGGAUGAGAAUAAUAGGAGAGCAGUAAAGAGAGAAACAAGGACAUAGAUUCAUCCUCAGUCGACCAUUUCAUAGUUUUAACUCUUUCUCUCACUUACUUUUUAAUUAAAGCAAAUAGACUGUGUUUGAACAAGGAGGGUUGUCAAGACUUGCUGAAAUCUAGCCCUGCCCAGGCUGAAAUAGAAACAACAUAAAAUAAUCUUCUUGUUUUCCUUGUGGCUUAACUGCUCUGUAGUACAGUCAAGAUGCUGUGUCCCUUCUCAUAAACUCUGGGGCACUAACCAGCUUACUUUGUUGCAUGAUUUAAACUCCCAGUGUUAUGUAUGCAGUUUUGUCAUUAACAUGCUGGCAUAAACGAGAAACACGGCCAUUGAGACAAAGCAGACACUAAGAACCCGAGGCAGAGGGGAUAAUCCCUUGGUGUGGCAAAUACUUGACAUGUUGUUGUUCUCUCUGUGGAAAAGGUGGCUUUUCUCCCUUGUCCUCCAGGGCUUCAAUUCUCUCUCCCUAUUUUUAAUGCAAGCUUUAGGGGCAAGUUGUCUCCUGAAAAACAAAACAAGAGUUUAUUUGUAAAAUUUUUCCCUGUGUCCUGCCAAAAUGUAGCAGAUCAUUGGAAGUUUUUCAAAUAACAUGGUGCCCAUCCCAGAAAAAACUCUUGUAUUCCAGAUACGUGUUGUAAGGACAUGGUUCUUCUAUGCUUGUCAUCUGCCUUGUUAGUAUCUGCCACUCUGAAACUGAGGAGCUUUUCCUGUGAGUAGUGCUUGUGAAAGAACCUUAUUCCUUGCAACACUUCUAAUUAAUCUAUUUUCUUACAGUUAUUGUCUAGCUCUGCCUUGAUAUGAGAUAGCUGCUAUUUGGAGUAACUUCUGUUGCAGUAAGGAAACAUGCUAACCUGCUGCAACGUUAACCUUCUGCUACUUGGCAUUUUUAGCCAAGGUGAUAUUCGGUGGUCAUAUGCUUGGGGUCUCUUUCGUGAAUACCUUAUGCUAAGGUCCCUCAAGAUAAGUUCCCUCCAGGCUAGACCCUGGCCCAGGGAGUUAAAAUCACCAAUACCAAUGCUGGAACAAGUAGACUGAGAAGAUAAGAGCUUUGGGGUGCAAUGAGACCAUUGUGGUGUGUAUAUACAGGAAAUUUGUUAUGGCUCAUUGCUGGCAGCUUGCUGUAAGCAGUCACAGGCCAGGUGUAUUCCACAGCCGAGCCAAGCUCUGAGGAAUGACACAGGGCAGAUGCAGGACUGCUCCCUGAGCUUUUUAUUAGUGGUGCUCCAACGCAUGAGGGCAAACGGCAGGCUGAGGAUAAGGACUGCUAGUAAAGUUAAAGUCAAAGGUGGCUAUUCUUGCAAAUAAUGAGUAGUUACUGUGAUGUGAAAUCAAGUCACCAGAUGUUGAGCAUGCUGACAUAACACUUGGCAUCGUAUUAGUUGCUGUGAGGAAAACUGGGGUCUGUAGCUAUGGUGUGCUUGAAGCAGUGAACAAUAUUUUGAACAGACUGGAGGGGGAACUAGUCCUCUUUGUAUGAAAGCAUAGUUCUUGUUCUCAUUAGAAUGCCAGCCCUAGGGCUGAUGCAUCGCACUAGUAAAACUAAACCACACUAUAGCUUGCUGAAAGCUCGGUUUCAUUCUAAUGCAGCACAGAGGAAUGACUUGUUCUGGUACAAAAAAAUCCAAGGAUAGCACAUGAUUAGAUUACAGUGGUACAAAAAUCUUGCAUGUAGACUUUAUGAAUCUUCAAGCAUGAUGAUGUUGUCCAAACAUUUUUUUGAAAAGUUCCAGUGCUAUUUUUUUUUUGUACUUUUUUUUUUUUACUUUAUGGAUGUUGGGGUUGCUUGUUCACAGCACCAGCUUUUAAAUUGCUGGCCCUUCAGAUUCCAAAAAUGACUUCUAACAGGUACAGGUCACGUUGAAUUGCUAGUAAAGAGUAAUCAAUGACAUCAGUUUCACAGGUUCAAUGCCCAUGAGUCAACCGAAAAUCGUGAUAAACACUUUCAUCCUUUUCUUUUCACCCCAUGUGUUGGUUUGGUUUUUCAUUUUUGAGUCUUAUGGUUUCAGGCUUUCCAACUUAUACCUGCAAUGUGAGUUGCUGAAAACCUCUUAAUUUUAAUUAAAGGAGAGCUAAGUAUCCCAGAAUCCUUAGAAGUGAUGCUUGAGAAAAAUAAUAGAAAAAUAAUUACAAGAUGAUGAAAAUGGAAUCAGUGACUGUAUUUAGUUUAGCACUAACCCAGCAGUAGUGUGAACUAUGGCUCCACUUUAAUUGUAUGGGCAUUUCCCUGCUGCUAGUAUUAUCACCUGAGACAGAAAAUGGUUCAAGUACAAGAUGGGUGUGUAGAGUGGGAACGCAACCAAGCAGCUGCACCCAUUGCAUUAGAAGUAAUUUUACUUUAAUCUUAUCUCAUCAGUAUUAUCCUAAUUAUAUUGUAUGUAAACACAUUCUAGAUAAACAAUAUAUAAUUACUAGCAAGAAGGAAAAAUUGUUCACUAGAACAUGGGGGCAGAGAGGUUUAUUUUUAUAUCUCAAAACAAUCCAGAACUUACGCCUCACUGCAAACCAUGGAGCUUUAGAAUCUGAGACUGUAGUCUCAUCAGCUUAAGAAAACAGAAUCUACAUACGCUAGGAAGGACGUGGUUCUGUAGUUGCGUGAAUUCCUGUGUCUUAGCCACUUCUUGUGUCUUAUCAAAGUGUAAAUUACUUUUGUAUUUUACCUUAGGUAAAUUACCUUGUUCAAGAUUGCAGAAAAUAGAUUAUUUACUUACAUGUUUUAUUCAAGAACUUUUUCUUGUAUUCUUGAUAAAAUUCCCAUGGAUUUUUUUCCUUUGGCUAUAAGCUUAGGAUUUAGCAGAAAGUAAGUUGAGUAUUGUCAGUGAUUUUUUUCUUCUUAAGCCAGAACACAUGAUGGAAAUGGGAAGAGAUACCUCUAGAUGUGGGUGUUGUGUCUAACAGUCAUUUAAAAUAAACUAAAACUCUUGCUGACUUCGCUGUCACUAAAAUAAAUCCAAGCAUCAUAUUGACUGCUAACUUUACUGUCAAAAGGAGAAAUUUUAUUUAUAAAAAAUUACAGAAAUAAAUGAAACUUUUAGUACACAAACCACAGAUUUCCAAAUAGAAUAGCUAGAAAUUAUGUGAACGGUCUGAGCUGGUUAGCGUUUACACAAAGGAAGUGGAGAUGACAAGCCACUUUGGUAUCUCAGCCUAGCUCCUGUAAACCACUGCUUUAUUGGUGGUAACUUCAGCAGGCCUCAGCCCCAAGCAUGACUGAAAAUGCCUGGAAACAACAUCCCACCAACGCAUAACUUCAGAUUACCAAGGUCUGAGCUCCCUUUACAACAUGAUGGGUCACUACAGUGCUGCUGGAAUUGGGUAAUUUCUACCAUAGGCUGGAGAUCAGUCAAAGAAACUGGGAGGCAGAGUCUUUGGUGGCAGAGGCUAUGAAGGACAACAGUGUUGGUCAUCGUUGGCCCUUACCCACUGUCUUAGACAGAGGGCAUGCUAAAAGAUGGGUAAAAUACAGCCACCAGGAAACCAGAUGAGAAGAUAUUCUGCUUGCUGAGGAAGGAAUUAUCUGCCUGGCUUUUGGUGUCAAAGAAUAUGGCAGCCAGCAGCUCCUAUGAGGUGGCACUUAUCACAAGGCUUAUCAAAUAACCAUCAGGACUAGUACAAUGCUGAAAGGUGUCUUAGUAGAGCUUCACGGUCCAAGAGAGUAACUAGUAUCAGCACACAAUUUGAAACCACAUAUAAACAAAGUCUGCUUAAAUAACUGAAUUUCAGGGGGGAAAAAAAAAAAGGUUAUAGCAAAAUCAGUCUGUCCUGGUCCCAGGACUGCCAAGGGGGAGAGGGAUAAAUUAUGUUUAUUAAUCAGGCUAUCUCCAGGGCUUUGAAGUAGCCAGUGCCUCUAAGAAAGUCCAAGAAAAUGUAAUAACAUAUCACCAUAAUUAUGUUUAAUCUGCCUGAUAAAUUGUAGAUUUUAUUCUUCUUAAAUCCUGUUUAAAAAAAAGGGAGUGCACCUGUGUUUUGUUUUGUUUUCUUCCAGAGUUGGAAUCAUUAAUUCUCUAGGAACUGAAAUACCAGAAUAAUACCAUUACUUUCUACGGUAUUAAGGAGGAAUAAAAUGCAGGAGCAAAAGCUAUUUACUUUAGCAUAAGGAAUGAGUUGGCAUUUAGGAGGAAAAAGUUCAAACAGAUAAUACCCAGAAAAAGUUUUAGUGCUGAGUGCUGCAAAGAGAAAAAUACAUUUGAAAAAACACAACCAGAUUCGAUGCUCUUGCCUCAAUUUUUCUUUCUCUGGCAGACAGGGUUUACAUAAGUAAAUCCUUUUGUUUCAGUCAAGUUGUUCCAUAACUGACGUUUCAUAGCUGAGGAUUGCAAUUUGAUGCUCUGUCGGUUACCAAAUAGUAAAUGCAGAAGUAUGUUAAACGUAGGAAAAGAUUCAAAGCCCAGUGCCAGUUCUUCUUUUGACUUUAUUGAGGUUAUUUGGAUCAGACUUGAUAACAAGUAUUAUAUAAGAAGCAGUUGUAAGACUGAUAGUUGAAAGCUGUAAAAUCAGUAUUCAAAAUGCUUUGUUACAAUUUAAUUGUAUCUCUUUAGGUUGCAACCCUGAAACAGGAUCCUUUCAGCUGGAUCUCUGUACCCAAACUCAGUUUGUCUCAGGGGUAAUCUCCAAAUUUGAGGGGCUGUUCUGGAUGCCUAUACUAUACACGUCAUAAAUUUGCUUUUUUCUUACCUAGAGUGCUGCUUUUUGACACAGUCUGGAGAGCAGAGUAAGUUGUGGAUCAAAUGUCCAUGGGAUUUUUAGCUGGUUUUCUCAGAGGAAGAGCAAUAUCGAGCAGGGCUGAGCCUAUAUUUGCUGCAAUAUACCUGCCUGUAAAGUGGGCAGUGGACUUAACAUUCUGUAAUUUAUCAGCAUGGUGUGAAAGGUUGCUUACAUUUCAAUUAACAUUGAUAGGAACGUAAACUGCAGUUAUGGUAAUAUCUUUUAACUGCUGCACUGCUAGUUAGAAUAACUUAGGAAAGUGAGAUUCUGAUCGAAUUAGACUGCAGUGAAAGUGGCAUCACAGCUUCUUCAUAAGCUGAAGCGCUUCAUAGGCAUCUUGUCUGUGAGGGAAAUUGCCAUAGAUAAGAUAAUUGUUUUCUGGAAAUUCAUCUGUUUCUUUUAACUCUUCUGAUGGAGGAUGCAGUGCCUACUGCCGGCUUCUUAACCAGCCCACUGUAACCAUGAACGCAGACAGGUUUCAUUUUGAAAAGGAGCAAAAUAGAGUAAAGGAAUUUUUAAUCCAAGAGUAUUUUUUGUUUGAAAACGAGACUUAUGGAAAAAGUGUAAGCAGUGGGAAAUCUCUUGCUAGGCUACCUGUAAAAACUUUCCAUGAAUCAUUACUAGCUCCUGAAAAGCUUAACCUGAAAGUAAGAACUUUUAAAAAUAUAGGUAUUGUAUAUGAGUUUGUCCAGUUCAAAGCCUGGGAAAGAAACAGAAUAUUAUAAAAGCAGUAGUUAUUUGAAUCCUAAAUAAAACCAGCCUUCCAGUCUUUUAUCUAAAAUGCUAGACAAUCAUUUAAUAUACUGUAAUUUGCAAACAAAAGAAGUUGGUUUCGUGAAAAGGCUUCAGACUUAAAUUUUAAAUUCCCUUUAGUUAUUUGUCAAAGUUUAAUUUUCAGGCUAAUUUGUGAAUUUUCUUUGUUUAUUCUCACAUUAUUAAAAUGGUUGCUUUACAUUUGAAAAAUAGUUUCAAAAGUCUGGAAUAAAUAUUUAGAGGCUUGCAGUAUUUCAUCGGUCUCCUCAAAGCAUCUUCACAUUAAACUUCAAAACCAAACAGAGCACUGUUUACUCACGUAUUUAAAGAAAAUGGACUAAAAAUUCUGAGAAAAACUGAGUCACAUUUUGCAAAUAUUAUUUGCAGGGUUUUUAUUACAAUUCAUCGCAGAGAUUUUUUUUUUCUGGAACGAACACAAAAGUUUUGCAUUUGGUGCCUGCUUAUUUUUUUAUAACUAUUCUGCACUCAACUUUUGGCUAGAGAUUAUUUAUAUCAAACUAAACAGCAUUAAGAAGUAGUUCACUCAGUUCUGCUAAUAAACACUUAUUUUUAUUAUUGAAACAAAUGUAAAUGUACAGACACUACAGUCACUUCAAACCCUGUGGUUUAAGUUGUUUUGAAACUGUUGGUGCUGUAUUUUACCUACAUGCUGGACACGCCUUUUAAUAAAGUAAUGUUUUUAAGAAAGUUCACAAUGUGUCACCUACAUUCUAUAGUCUCUCUCUGAACUGUAUUUAAUUUAAAGCCUUUAUUAUUUAAAUGAAUGGGAAGUUAUGAAGUACCAGAAUAAUCUAAGCAGCAGCCCAAGGGCUGAUCCAAUUCAGUGAUGCAAUUCCUUUCUCAGAAGUGAUAAAGAAUCAUUUUUGGAGUAUCAAAUGCCACCUGAAGGGUGACACCAGCUCCCAACCCACAGUCCAGUGCCCUCGGAUCCUGCUCGCAAGGAUCUACAGUUGUGCAGUCUAAAGUUGUGCAGCCUUCCCAUACCAAAACAUCCCCUUCCUUGGCAUCAGCCUGGUUUUCAGUGGCUGGCAUGGGAGACCUGGGUGUUGGCAUUAGGGAGGGCCACGCUGCAAAGGGAAGGGCAACAGAGCUCAGGGUGAGGGAAAAGAGGAAAGGGAGGAAGGGAUUGUUGCCUAGGACAGCAAUGGCUUGUAAGACCCUCAUCUGGUCUUCAGGCCACCGAGUCUGGGCCACCCCAAUUUACAUUUUAAAAGUUUUUGAGAAACAUCACAUUCAGAAAUGUGUUUUUGUGCUUGCUUUUCUUAAGAUGACAGAGAACCAUGUAAUUUAUGUUUCUGUUUUUCCAUCUUCAUUUCAGAGGUUGUGUGAGAGAUUUAACCAAUUAAUUAGAUGUGUUUUUAACAAACAAAUUUAGAAGCUCAUAUUUCUUUUCCUUUGUCCUUAAAGUUGGAAUGCUGACCUACAGGCAAUUGAAAACAGCAUACUCCUAAUAGAUUAAAUCUGCUUGCACUAGAUUUAAAAACACAUUUUGGCUCUCGUUAUCAGCAGACACAAAUUAGUCUGUAGGAAGAAAAGAAAAGUACAUGCUAGGAUACAGCUUGACUCUAAUUAGCAAAAAGGAUCCUCUCAAAAGCCUUUUCUUUUAAAAAUCUCAUUUUACUUGUACAGUUUCUAAAAAGAUUUGGGACUUUUAAGUGAGCUUUAGAAAGGUUUACGGUAAAUUCAAAACUCUGGUAUUCUAACCUGGAAUAACUCGCAUGUAUGGAGAAUAGCAUCGUUAGAAAAGGUGCUGCUUGGCUUAGUUCCCACAGAUAUGGACUUGCUACACCAAAUUCAGCAGUUCUCAAAAGUGUGGCGUGAUUCUCCAAUCCACAGAACCAGGGAAUUUUAAGUCUAAACCACUUUUAAGUCAAAAAAUCUGAUGAUACCGAUGUGCAGGACUAACCAUGAUUCUCUGAUCUAGAAAGUCUAGGAAAUACUCUUUUAAUCUACAUGGUUAGCUUUGAUAUUUGAGCAGCAUUAGUGGGGGGCUGAGCCGAACCCAAACUGGUUCAAAUAUAUGUACAUAUAUUUUUUUUUGUUCCCAAAACUGGAAUAGAACCAAAUUGUCCUUCUGAACUUGGACCAAAACUGAACUGGAAGAACCUGAGUCAGAGCUGAACCAAAGAGAACAAAACUGAAAAGCUUAAAGCCUUCUCUCUUUGGCCUUACAGUAUUACCCGUGUGCAUCCUUAUUCUGUAACUGUAGAAUAUUAACAACGCCCAGGGUGCAGAGCUAUAGAUAAACCCAAAACACCAGUAGCACAUUUAGUUUCCGCUUGUGAAUUGCAGGACUAGUUAUAAACCAGUAGAAGGAAGAGCAAACACCAGAUUUUCCCUUUAAUCAGAUUUGGAUCUCUGCUGUCAACCUCUUCCUUCCUAGGCACGUCUGUUUCCUUUCAUUGCCUUCCUUCUUUACAUCUCUGUUUAGACUAUAAGCAAAGGAUGUGACUAAAUGCUGGCUGUACGACUGCUAACAUUUACUGGAGCGGGAAGUGGAGUUGCUCUGUGCAUAUCCACAUGUUUUGCUAACUUUCUAAGACAUUCUUGGACAGUAUAAACCAAAUAAUUCUAAUUGCCUCAUCUGGCAAAAAGAUAUAGCAAAUGCAAAUGAUGUAACUGCUUGUGUUCAUUUUCUAUUCUAAAAUGUAGGCACACUAUCUGCAAUUAGAUGCAGCUGUCAGGAUUACAAUGAUGUGAUAUUUUAAGUCUCCAAGUUUGGUCACUCCGAUUCCAGAUAUAAUACAGUUACUUAGAUAGUGACUGUAACUGGGUUAAAAAAGCUGGCAUCAGAAAUAUAAGAAGUUAAUAAAGGAAGCUUUUAGUGGCUGUACAGCUCUGUUUUGAGAAACGAUCCUAUAGAUGAGUUUGUGGUUUUCUCUGCUCCCUGGUGCCGGUUUGUAUUGUUGACAAACGUAUUUUCUCACGAUGGGUAUGACAAACUAUCCAUGACAUGAAAACGUGAAACCACUUCAGCCAUACUUUGGCUACAACAGCAGUGUACUUCUUGUCUUAAGAGUUAUGCAUGAUGACUGACUUCUGUGGUUUCCAGAGUUGUCAGGGUCAUAGUAAAUACCUUAAUCCAUCACUCUGAAAACAACCCCUACGAGUAUUUUUAUGUCUGUGUUCCUAGAAGACUAACAUGUGUGUGUGAGACAAAAAACAUUUACCCUGUUUUAACAGAUGUAUCAGAAUAAGAUAUUGUUAAUUAUUUAAAAGCAAUUUAAACCCCUUUAUCACAUUUAUUAUCCAGAAAAAAAUCAUAGAUAAAAGCAUUAUGUCAAACGAACCAAAAUAUUGUUUUAAAAUUGCCAGAUAAGUAGCAUGCCUGCAGAAGCUGGCCACAUAAUAAAGGUAUAUAAUUUUUUAAACACUUCUUAAAUCCAGUAUAGAAAUUUAGCCUUUACGAUUGUCAUUUACAUUCUGCAUCCACACAAGUUCUCAACUUCGCUGUCAGCCACAGGAAAAUCAAAGGAAAAGGAUCUAAGUUUUCUAACUGCGACUAAGUGUGCAUCUUCAUGCAAAAUCUUGAAGAUACAUAUCACGUUGAACACACGCAGUAUAUGAGUUCCACUCAUAUACUUUCAGAUAUAUUUUUUCCAUGGCAAAUACUUCCUGGGUACAACAUCUAGGAAAGGCAUGUAAAGGUUUCCAUAACUAAGCUCCAAAUACCCUUCAAUCUGUAUUAGUCUAAACUGCCUAUGCAAAUGGGAUUCACACAGCAGCAACCUUUCUAGCAGCAGCUGCAGCAACCACCUUUCCUGUUUUUCCAGAGGGCAGGCAUUAGCAAGCCCAGCAGAGCAGAGCCAGGUCGCUGUGGGUGCCUGCAGCUUUGAGGUAGUGCGUUCCAGCUCUGCAGGAUCUUUUAAUUUUCCUUUCAUCGCUACCGCAGUCCUGACCCAGAAGAAAAGGGCCAACAUUGCUCAAGCCCAUGUGACACCUGACACCUACGUAAAGAUGGAAAAAAGUUCUUUGAUAAUAUAUGAUAGGAAAUUACACUGCCUCAUUUUUACAGCUCUGUGAAUCACAGUUUUCUCUUGUCUGCCAUACUGUGGUUUGAAAAAUUCAUAUAUAUUAUGUGAAAGACAAGUUUUUGCAUUCAGUGAUAGAUGAAUAGAACUAUGAGAAUAUGCUCAGCACCUGGAAA